AUGUUCAGACUUGCAAUAUUGACGGUGGCACUAACUCUGGCAGCCGCCAGUCUUGAAGCUGACUGGGUUGUCUACAAGAAAACAUAUAACAAAGUCUACACUGAAGACGAAGACGCUGUCCGCCGCCACAACUGGCAAACCAAUCUCCAGACGAUCGAAGAGCACAAUAAGCUCUAUGAUCAGGGGCUGACCAGUUACUAUUUGAGGGAAAAUCAGUUUGCCGACAUGACAAAUAUGGAAGUAGACAGAACAAUGAAAGGCUUGAAUAUCAAGAAACAGCCGAACCCGGGCAACUACCCGACUGGCCUCUACAAAGACAGUCUCCCUGCUGAAGUCGACUGGCGCAAAAAGGGAGCCGUCACUCCAGUCAAGGACCAGGCAACUUGCGGAUCAUGUUGGGCUUUCUCUGUUACUGGAACAGUAGAAGGGGCACAUUUCAUAGCCACAGGCAAACUUGUCAAUCUGUCGGAAUCACAGCUCGUCGACUGUUCCAGACCAUUUGGCACUGCAGGCUGCUCAGGGGGAUACCCAGAUGAUGCCUUACGAUACAUCAUCAACAACACGGGAAUCGACACAGAGGAAAGCUACCCCUAUAUAGAUAUGGAGGAAAAGUGCCAGUUCAACAGAACAAGCAUUGGGGCAACCAUCAAAUCAUUCAAAGACGUUGAACAUGGCAGUGAAGAUGCUCUUCAAAAAGCUGUAGCAGAGAUCGGUCCUGUCAGUGUUGGUAUAGACGCUAGCGGCGACGACUUCAGAUUCUACGCAGGUGGUAUCUACAAUCCAUCAUGCUGCAGCACCACCGAGCUCGACCACGCUGUGUUGGCUGUUGGAUAUGGUAACGAAAAUGGCACGGAUUACUGGAUCGUUAAAAACAGCUGGGGUGAAUACUGGGGAGAACAUGGCUACAUCAGGAUGUCCAGAAACAAGAACAAUCAGUGCGGUAUUGCCACUCAGGCCGCUUACCCGAUUGUGUAA